AUGGGUGCGGAACUGGGCGCGUUGGAAAGGCUGUCGGCUCAUAUUGCCAGGUCGAUUGUGCAGCAAAUCGCGACGGUUAGCGCGUCAGGGCAAUCUCCACCGGCAGCGUGCAAGCUGGACUUGAAGGGAUAUAUCGAUGGAGACAUUUCGUCGUCGAUUGAUCUUGGCAGUUAUGACAUUUCAACACUGAUUGAGAGUGGAAGAGGUUCAGUGGCUACCGAAACACCUUUUGAGACGUCAAUCGAACGGCAACAGGAAUCGCAUGCCAGUACAGGCAACGAGGUUAUACCUUCCGAGGAACAUAUUCCGAGACGGAGUAGUCGGUCACGACGAGCUUUGAACAAUGACUCGGACUCAGAAACGUCGAAACGACGAAAAAUUACCGGAGGACUAAGACUACGACCCAUGGGAUCAGCGAACCAGAGUAUGUCUCCCGAGGCCGAGGAGAAUUCACAAGCACCUGUUCGCCGCCUUCAGGCAGAUGUUCGAGAAAAGCCGCAACGACGGACAGCACGAGAUGAACCCGCAUUACGGCCUUCCACUCUGAGCAAAUUGAUCGUCGGUAUCUGGGAGCAGGUAUUCAGUAGCAUGAGCUUCGACAUAAGUGUCGUCUCCAGCGAAUGGCGAACAACUGGGUUCCAAACACAUCGAUCACUCAUAUCAGACCUCGCGCAGGGAGAGCAACCCAGUGCUGUACAAGUACCGCCGGCUACGGUACCAGAACGGACAUUCACUGGGAUGAAUCUGCUUUGUCGCAAGAUCAGUCAGGCCAGUCGGUGCUCACGAGCACUUGAGGUUGUGGUUCAGGCUUCGUGGAUUGAGCAUUUCGAUCGCCAGGUGCAAGAAAUUGCAAAAGAGCAUCCUCAGCUAUCAGCGACGAAAGCGAGAAUGAAAGCGCUUGCUCAGGCAUGUUCUGAGAUUGGUUGGAGCGAGAAGGAGAUACGCAACAAAAUGGCCAUCUGGCGUGGCUACAAGGAGAUCAAAGACCACGGAGGUUGGGUAUGUCUCGUUUUCGCAGGCAUGGGAAUUUACAGAUUCUGCAAAUACCGCAUCGGUUUCGACCCAGAAUCUAUGGCAAUCCUCAGGCGGACUCGCACCAGGUUCGAGGUGGCUGCUGACACACUGCACCCACACUGGCGAGAUAUGUUGACUAUAGUUGGCGACACAUCCUCCCGGGUCUACAACGGCCAUCCUCACGACUGGGUCGUCUCCGAUCAUGACGAUCCUGUGCCGCUAAAACAGACAUAUCUACAGUACGAUCCACAAUUCUCAUUUACACAUUUAGACUCCUCAGUCGUAGAUCCAUACGCCUUUGGAGCCAACGACCCACGUCAAGUCGCCGUGCAAUCACACCAAGCAGCUCACGUCUGCAAUGUCUGCGGAGAAAAACAAUCAGAGGAUGUAACGGAAAGCACAUGUCGCUGCUUCCCGAACCUCUUCGGCAGCGACCAACUACCCGUCGCCCCUGUGCAAAUCUUCCGCACAAAGAAUGGCCGUAACAAUGGUCUUCUAGCAUGCUGCCCUUUCGAACGCGGCGUCGCAAUCGGCGAAUUCACAGGUCUCAUCACAAAAGGUCUAGAAGGUAUGGACGUAAUGCAAGCCGAAGCCGAGCAACGCUAUCAAAUCUACCAAGGGCGGGAAGGCAACUACACGCGCUUCGUAAACCACUCUUGCCGUCCCAACAGUCAGUUUCAGAGAUUCGUCUGGAUGGGCACGCAGAGGAUUAUAUUGGUGUCGAGGGGGAUUGAAGCGGGGCAGGAGAUCACGGUGGAUUAUUCGGAUGCGUAUUGGAGGAAUUUGCCCAAGACUUGUUUGUGUCAGGAGAGUUGCUGUCGGUUCAAGAAUCAGGACAGGAUUCAACCGAGGAUUGAGACUGCUUCGCCGGGCUCGUGA